AUGAUCCUAAAUGAGGACAUAGGAAAAUCUUUAAGUAACGUAUAUUUAUAUAAAAAUGGAGAAUUAGAAUUAAUAAAAGAAUUAGAAAAUGUUUUUAUAAAAAGAGUAAGUACAUGCCAUAAUAGCAUAAAUAUAAUAUUAAAUUUUAAGGAUAAAAACAAAUAUAAUACCUUAAUUAGGUUAGAUGAUGAAAAUAAUUAUAGUAGUAGCUAUCUAAACAUUUCUUACAAUGAUACAUAUGAUUUUAAUUUUAUAACAUCUGAUUUAAAUUUAUACUUAUUUUAUAAAAAUAACAGAAGACAAGAAAAAUUCAAUAAUUUAAAUAAUGAAAAUACAAAUAAGAAAUAUGAAAAAAGUUUUAUUGUAUAUGACAAAAAUACAAAAAACCUGAAUGAAGAGGCAACUAAGAAAGAAAAUGGAAUGUUAUUGAAAAAAAAUAUAAAAAAUAUUCUAUUAAGCAGUGAAAAAUAUAAUGUAUGGAAUUAUAAGAUAGAAAAUACAAACAAUAAAGAAAAAAAAACCAUGAAUAUGAUUUUUGAAAAGAUAUUUUUUUGCUCAUCAGAAUUUUAUGCUAUUAAUAGAGAAAAUGAUGCAUAUAAAUGGAAUAUUGAUAUAAACAAAAAUGAAAUAAUUUAUAAUUACCACUCAAAAUUUAUUAGUUAUAUAAAUUUUUCUGAAAAAGAAAAAAUUAUUGACAUAUCUUGUGGAAAAAAUCAUACUCUUUUUUUAUCAAAAAAAAAAAAUUGUUAUGCGUGUGGAGGUAACGAUAAUUACCAGGUAUGUGAAGAAAAAAAAAUUUUUUUUAAAGAACCAAAGUUAGUAUUACUUGAUAAAAAAGAAAGAAAAAAGGUAAAAUAUAUUUCAGCUGGUUAUUCUCACAAUUUAAUUUGUACACAGGAAAAUGAAAUAUUUGGAUGGGGAAAUAAUAUACAUGGUCAAUUGCUUUCUAUUGAUAAUCAUUUUUUAAAAACUCCCACAUUAAUAUUUAAUCAGAAGAUAUGGAAUGAUUUAAUGAAAAAAAAACUCAAAUUAAAAAAGAAAAAAAAAAAAGAACAUAUAACUAGAAAUGAAAAUUUUCUUAAAGAUAUAGAAACUAAAGAAAUCUAUAAAGAAAUAAAAAAUAACGAAGAAAUCGAUGAGAUAAAAAAUUUGAAUGAACAAUUUUUUAAGUUAAAUAAUCAUAAGUAUAAAAAUAAAAUGGAAAUACAAAAAAUCUGUUGUGGUUUUUCUUUUUCUGUCAUACUUUUAAAGAACAAAAAUUGUUACAUUUUAGGUAAAACAAAGUAUAAUUUCAAAGAAAAUUCUAAUUAUCCUAUUAAGAUUAAUAAAAAAAAAAAAAUUGAUGAUGUUUUUUGUAAUUUUUUUGAUAUUAUCCUUAUAGACAACCUUAAAAUACUAAGAACUUAUCCAAUUAUAAUUGAACCAAAUUGUAACAGUUCUAUUUUCCUUUUUUUCAAUUUUAAAAUUAAAAGUUGCCUAGAUUUUAAAAUAAAAUUAAUGGAAAAUAAUUUAAAUGAAAAUAAAAAAUAUAUAUAUUCUAAAAUGGUUAAGGAAUGUAAAAAUAAUGAGGAACUAAUUAAUGAUAAUACUCCAAUAAACACAAAUAAAAAAAAAAAUUGUAUUGAUGUUUUUUUUCAUUUUAGUUAUGACAAUGAUAAAAAGGCAUAUAAUUUCGAUUUUUCUCAUUUAUUUGAUUCUUUCUCAAAAAAUGUAUGCAAUGCAAAAUCAGAAUAUUCUAUGUCGUGUAAAAUUAACAGAAAUAAAAUAAAUAAAAAAUUAUUUUUAAUUUUAUAUAAUUCUAAUUAUUAUUUAAAUAAUGGUGAAAAUAUUAUUUUAUCAAAAUAUGAAGGAAAAAUAAAAAGUAUAGUUCCAGACAAUUUUGCAUUAAUGAAAAAUAUAAAAAUUAAAAUUAAAAUAAAUAAACCACCAAUUCAUGUUAAAAAAGAAUAUAUAAAUGUUCUAUACCAUUUUAAAGAUGAUACAAAUGAAUAUUAUAAAUUUAGUAAGGGGAGAAUGAAUAAAAAAAGAAGUUACAUAUAUACAAAUGUAUCUUUUAUAAAUAAUAAUCAAUCAUCCAUAUUAAAAAAAUUUAGUACAUGCAAUAUAUAUUUUUCAUUUGGUAAUAAUUUUUAUCUAAAUUCAUUUCCAAUUACUAUUAUAAAACCUGAUAUAUUAAAUAUAACUCCAAACAGUGUUAAUAUCCAUGAAAAUAAAAAUAUUAAUAUGAAUAUGCUGCAUCUCUCAAACCAAUUUGAAUAUCUUCAUGUAAUUUUAUAUAAUCCUCAUUUACAAUUUAUAUACAAAAAAGCUUACUAUAAUUGUGAGGAAGACAAUUAUUAUUUUUCUACGCCAUUAAUUCCGAUUACGCUUUUUAAAAAAAUUCAAUCAGAUUCCAUAAAGUUUAAUGUUUUCGCUUCAUAUAAUAACAUAGAAUAUAGCCAAAGUGAAAUUACCUUGACAGUUUUCAAUGUGUAA